CACGAACUGCAAAAGCACAGCGAGAGCACAAGUGAGAAAAUAAACAAGAGAUGGGCUGCCAAGCACUGGCUCAGCAGAGGUACUUCCCCUAUGUGCACAGCUGGAUUUAUGAGACGACCAACGUACACACAUGGAAGUGUUUUUUUUCCAGCGGUUGAGGAGUCAAACGAGGAAACGUCCCAGCGAACCUGCUGCAAACCCGCUGGAAGGCUGUCAGAAAGCUGCUGGCCUGCUUCCAGGAGGGACACGGAGGCCUCCGGAGCGCGAGCUCCACAGAUCAUGAGUGAAGAGGCCUUUGACGUUGUGGUGGUUGGCUCCUGUAUGACUGACUUGGUGAGUCAGGCACCAAGGCUCCCCAAAGCAGGGGAAACCAUCCAUGGACACAAGUUCUUCAUCGGCUUUGGAGGGAAAGGGGCCAACCAAUGCGUACAGGCUGCCAGACUGGGAGUCAAAACCGCAAUGGUCUGCAAGGUUGGUAAAGACUUCUUUGGAGACAAUUACAUCCAGAAUUUCAAGGACAAUGGUGUGCAUACAGACUUUGUUGGGCAGACCUCAGAUGCAGCCACGGGAGCUGCCUCCAUCACCGUCAACGAUGCAGGUGAGAACGCCAUCGUGAUCGUGGCCGGAGCCAACAUGCUGCUGGGUGGAGAGGAGCUGCGACGCGCUCUUCCAGCAAUCAGUCGCGCUAAAGUGCUCGUGUGCCAGCUGGAGAUCAGUCCGCAGACGUCCUUGGAGGCUCUGCGCAUGGCCCGUGAGCACAAAGUGAAGACAAUAUUCAACCCAGCGCCUGCCGCUCCUGACUUGGAUCCAGAUUUCUACCGAGUCUCUGAUGUGUUCUGCUGUAAUGAGUCUGAGGCAGAGCUGCUCACUGGUUUUUCGGUGUCCACGGUGAGCGAUGCUCAUCGAGCAGGUCAGGAGCUGCUGAAGCGAGGCUGCGGGGCCGUCAUCGUCACUCUGGGACCUCAGGGUUGUGUGGUAUUCAAGGCACAGGAGUCCACAUCGAAACACGUCCCAGCGACUGCGGUCACCGCAGUGGACACAACGGGUGCUGGAGACAGCUUUAUUGGAGCGCUGGCGUUUUACAUGGCUAAUUAUCCCGCCUUGCCUCUGGAGGAGAUGGCCCACAGAGCCAAUCAGGUGGCGGGGCUGAGCGUGCGGGCUGUCGGCACGCAGUCGUCGUUCCCCUUCAGGCGCGACGUGCCGGCUGAGCUGUUUGCAGAGCAGUAAACACCGAGGAGGAGGGGGGUUGAGCCUCGUAGGCCUUCACCCCCCCAUAUAAUUAAACUGAUCAACAAAUCCACGGAGAAGAGUUCGAUCACAUGUACCUUCUUUAUUGAGUUACUCCAAAACAACUGAUUUCAAUAUUUCACAUAUCACUGAUACACGAUCGCAGAUGGAAACUGCACAAAGCCACGACUGCUUCUUAAAUACCAUCACUUCUUGACUUGAUCAGAAGUUCGUUAAUCGUCGGUAAUCGGGACCAUCGGUUUCCAUCAUCCUGAUCUGCAGUGGGAGGCUGAUGGAGGAGAAGUCUUCUGACAAGACGUCAGCCAGCCAAUCAGAAACAGUGACUGAUGAACGCUUUGUAAUCCAUCACAAU